UAUCGGUCCACCUUUUUGACGUAUAGGAUCAAGAUUGUGGCAAAUCAAUACUACAAGAUUGCUAAAUCAAGUCAGUGCAAGUGCCCCUUUUUCAGUUGAGUGGGACAAAUAUCCAGGAUAAUUAUGGCAACAGAUAUUGAACGAGGCGUUCCGGUCACCCUCGAUCCCCUGGAGAAGAACGUCAACGUGGUGGAGAAGGUUGCGGAGAUACUUCAAGAGAAUGCUCUUCCAUUCGAUCCCGUCAAGCUCAAGGAGAAGUACGAUGAAGAAAGAGAAAGGCGUCUGAAGCAUGGCAAAGGAGUGGAACAAUAUCAGAUGGUUGAUGGUAAACUUCUGCAUUACCUUGAGGACCCAUGGGUUAAACCUGGAUUUCAGCGUGACCCUAUCGACGAAGAAGUCGAGGUCGUGGUCAUUGGAGGCGGUUAUGGCGCCCAACUUAUUGCUGUUCGUCUGCUCGAGGCUGGUGUGGAAAAUAUUCGGUUGAUCGAAAAGGCUGGUGACUUCGGUGGAACUUGGUAUUGGAAUAGAUAUCCCGGUGCUCAGUGCGAUGUUGAAUCGUACAUUUACAUGCCCAUUCUGGAGGAGGUCGGUUAUAUGCCCACUGAAAAGUACGCUCGUGCGAAGGAACUUCUUCGACACUCCCGGAUUAUUGGAGAGAAAUUCGGCCUCUAUCCACGAACACUUUUCCAGACCGAGGUCAGCACCAUGCAUUGGGAUGAUACAAAUACCACCUGGACAACCAAAACGAGUCGCGGAGACUCCAUCCGAUCUCGAUUUGUCAUCCCCGCAGCAGGCCCCUUGCACCGUCCAAAGUUCCCUGGAGCCCCCGGAAUUGAGUCUUUCAAAGGACAUAGCUUCCAUUCUGCCAGAUGGGACUAUAACUACACUGGAGGUGACUCAGAUGGGGGCCUGAGCAAGCUUUCGGAUAAGCGGGUAGGGAUCAUUGGUACUGGUGCUACUGCUGUACAGAUCGUCCCGCACUUGGGCGAGGCCGCCAAAGACCUCUAUGUCUUUCAGCGAACUCCCUCGUCAAUCGACGUUCGAGGAAAUAAACCUACUGAUUCUGCAUGGGCCAAGACACUCAAGAAAGGGUGGCAAAGCCACCGAAUGGAGAAUUUCGACAUGAUGGUCAAUGGAAUCAUGCAAGAAGAGGACCUCGUCGGCGACGGAUGGACCGAUAUCAUCGCGAGAUUGCUGGUUCCGAGAAAGACCUCGGAGCCGAUCGAUCCAGCUCAGAUGGCCAUUGAUCGCCAAAUGGCCGAUUUUGAAAAGAUGAAUCAGGUUCGCGCUAGAUGUGACGCCAUCGUCAAGGAUCCAGUAACGGCAGAGAGUUUGAAGCCGUAUUACAAUCAAUUUUGCAAGAGGCCUUGCUUCCACGACGAGUACCUUCAGACGUUCAAUCGUCCAAACGUGCACCUGGUUGAUACGCAUGGUGACGGAAUCCAGGCAUUCACGGAGAAGGGAAUCAUUGCUAAUGGCGAAGAAAUCGAACUCGACUGCAUUGUCAUCGCCACCGGUUUUGAGCUAUCAACAGAUUGGAGCCAUCGUUCGGGCAUGGAAAUUUACGGUCGGGACAAUAUAUCUAUCACCGAGAAGUGGAAGAAGGGUGCCAGCACCCUCCACGGCUGGGCAAGCCGUGGCUUUCCGAACUGCUUUUGGGUUUCUAUCGUUCAAGCUGCGCUCACUCCCAACUUCAUGCAUGUUACUGCUGAGCAAGCAAGGCAUAUUGCGUAUGUGAUCGCCGCCUGUCGAGCUCGCAAUAUUCGAGCAAUUGAGCCAUCAGAAAAGGCUGAGCAAGACUGGGUUCAGAAGAUUCUCGAUGCGACCCACUUGCGGGCAGAUUUCCUUAAAGAGUGCACGCCUGGUUAUUACAAUAACGAAGGGAAGCCGUCCGAAUUUGCUGCCCGAAAUGGGUCCUAUGGUGGCGGUGCUCCAGCAUUCAUCAAGAUUCUGCAAGAAUGGCGAGCGGCUGAUAACCUGGAAGGUCUGGAAACGAAGAAGAUUGAGACCUGAGAGUUUGAAUUCAUUGCUUGUCCGGAGUUGUACUUCUGAAUUGUCCGUUGUUGAUCUCACAUAUCCAAUUAGAUUCGUCCGGUAUGCUAAAUCCGUA